AUGGACACAGUCAUGGGUGCGAAGCUUGCGUUAGAGAAGGAUUUUGCCAGCCUCCGGCACAAGAUGGACUUGAGUGACUCAAGUCCAUCGGCACUCAAUAGUUUUGAGAAGUUUCCUCCGAGUUUGCUGUCAGUGGCACUGCGGGAAGACUAUCCGCCGGAGAACCUGGAGAUGGAGUUUGCCGAAGCCUUCCCUAAGCAUGGAGAGAUGCCAAUGCAAGCCAUCCCCUCCGACAAGCAGAGGAUUCGAGGGACCACCGUGGUGAUGCGUGCCGACUCCGGAUUCCAACAAAAUUGCACGAAGGAGCGUGCCUGGUCGUUUCUCACUCAGACUGCACCUGCAUUGGUGAUUGUGUGUAACACCAUUGCGAUGGGAAUGGCCGUUGACAACAUUCCGGACAGUGCUUUCUGGGGCGUUCUAGAGUUACUUUUCGCAAUUUGCUACCUCCUCGAGUUUAUCUACAAGACCCGCACGCAGGGCAUGAAGGGCUACUUCAUGGGACCCGAUUGGAAGUGGAACGGCUUCGACUUCUUCUGCCUCUUGCUUUCCUUCACGGACUCGCUUUUGUUCUUCCUGCUUUUGGCGGAUGCUAUCGACUUCUCCAUGAACUCAGCAUCGCUGAUCAAGGUGCUGCGCUUGGCCAGAUUACUUCGACUCGUGCGCACCUUGCACUAUGAGUUUUUCAACGAGCUACGAUUGAUCAUCCUGGGUGUGUUCUCGGGACUCAGGGUUCUCUUCUGGGCCAUCGUGCUCCUUUUCGUGCUGAUUUACGUGUUCGGAAUCGGCAUGGCAACCAUUGCGGGAGAGCAGCAGGCCGAGUUUUCAACCUUGCAGUCGAGCAUGUUCACAAUAUUCCGAUGCUUGACCGAAGGCUGUGCUGGCUAUGACGGCCGGCCUCUCACUGAGACGCUUCGUAUGGAGACUUUCCGGGAGUGGGCAGGAACCAUCAUGAUUGCCUACAUCCUGGUCUUCAUGCUCGUCUCCGUCGGCGUCUUCAACCUUAUUAUGGCGAUUUUUCUGGAUAAUGUCGUUAGCCAGCAGAACAUAAGAAAGCAGAAGGAGAUCUCCGAGACGGCGCUCAAAGCCGAAGUCAACAUAAAGCGUGUUGUGGCCCAGAUAGUGAGUGAGGAAGAAGACUGCGAGCUCAUCCCGGAAGAGUUCGACAAACUCGACACGAGAAGUCAGAACAAGGUGCUGGAAAAGGCGCUGUCCAGCGCAUCUAUCACUGUGACGCGGGACAGAUUUCUGAAGUGGCUGUCCCACGACGAUUUUACGGAUACCUUGGAGAGUGCCUUCAUCGACACCUCCAUACGUGCGCAACUUUUCGACAUCCUUGAUGCAGACUCCGGUGGGCUCUUGAGCAUUGACGAGCUCAUCUCCGGAUUGAUGAGCAUGCGUGGCGAUGUCACCAAAGGUGACAUCGUAGCAAUCAGCAUAAAGGUGCGAUACUUCAUUCAGCUCAUCGAGGAUCUGAAUGCGCACCAGCCGAAGAGAAGUUCACUGAAACAGACCUGA